GUAGUUUUGUGCAGUCAUGUACAGUGAUCGAUCGCUCUUUUGGAUUUCGCUUAUUGAUGUGCUGUUUUCAAAGUUUGGUUCCAAUUAACAAGUGAUCAGUGUUAGGAAAAUUUAAAAUCUCGAAACACAUGGACGAUUCAAAUCUAGCGUUCUUCGCCCAGACGGUGGAUAAGUUUUAUAAUGUGUAAAUGCCACCAGAACGUCAUGCCGCGGGCUAAUUAGCAUUCCUCCGGUUCAAAUUAUUGGUCACGCGCGUGAAAUUCCGCCCCCAAGUAAUCUCGUAAAGUAAGUGGCGCUUUACACAGUUUGAGAUAAAACUGGUUUCAUUAAACCGCCGGCCGGUUUAAUCACGAGACAGUCACGAGAGCAGCGCAGAGAGCAGAAACUUGUCGCUCCAAACACAGCUGGUAAAGCCAUUCAUCCAUGAAAUAUGGGUCUCACGCAGAUUGAAAAAUUUGUGCCUGGUGCUAGAUGGCUGCGGGGAUACAACGCACAGUUCGCAGUAGCUGAUCUCAUCGCCGGCAUUACAGUGGGAUUGACGGUGCUGCCGCAAGGGUUGGCGUACGCAACACUAGCUGGUUUGGAGCCACAGUAUGGAUUGUACUCAGCUUUUGUUGGUGGUUUGGUUUAUGCGUUCAUGGGUGGUUGCCGUGAAGUGACGAUUGGACCAACAGCUCUGUUAGCUUUGAUGACAAGUCGUCACACAGGACUGGGUGGAGACUCCGGUCCCCACUUCGCCAUUCUUCUCUGCUUCCUGUCCGGGAUCGUGGAAUUGAUUAUGGCAGUUUUGCGGUUAGGAACUUUGGUCGAUCUGAUAUCGCUGCCGGUGACAGUCGGCUUCACAUCGGCGACCGCUUUGAUUAUUGGAGCUUCGCAGCUAAAAGCUCUCCUUGGUAUACGAGGUGGGUCGGGAUCAGGAUUCGCCGAAACUAUUCGGGUGGUUGUGAUGAGAUUUACAGAAGCACGAGUCCCAGACAGCAUUCUUGGAUUAAUUUCGAUAGCUAUUCUUCUUGCGCUUCGGAAACUCAAGGACAUAAAGACUUCGCAGGAUGCCAGCAAAAGACGGAAGGUACUGGGUAUCACAUUGUGGGUCAUAGCAACGGCCCGAAAUGCCUUGCUGGUGCUGAUCACCAGCUCUGUUGCGUACUAUUACGAUAGAAAAGGACAAAGACCCUUCAUUCUGACUGGCACGGUGAAGAGUGGUAUCCCAGGAUUUCAGCUACCUCCUUUUUCAACGCAGAUUACCGGCCCGAAUAACACAACCAUCGAUCUGAACUUUCAAGAUAUGGUCUCGGAGUUGGGAGUCAACAUAGCUUUGGUGCCGGUCAUUGCAGUAUUAGGAAAUGUUGCCAUUUCGAAGGCUUUCGGUGGCAGUGGAAUAAAUCCAACUAAGGAACUGGUGGCUCUUUCACUGAGCAAUGUGUUUGGGUCGUUCUUCAGUUCAAUUCCAGUAACAGGAUCGUUCUCCCGAAGUGCGGUGAAUCAUGCCAGUGGUGUCAAAACUCCGAUAGGGGGUAUCUACACGGGUACCCUGGUACUACUUGCGUUGGGAUUGCUUACUCCGUAUUUCCAAUACAUACCGAAAGCUGCGUUAAGUGCGGUGAUCAUAUCCGCGGUUAUCUUCAUGAUUGAGUACGAAGUUAUUCGCCCCCUGUGGCGAUGCAAUAAAAGGGAGUUGAUCCCAGGAGCUGUAACCUUCGUGUUGAGUUUGAUAAUUGGAGUAGAACUGGGUUUGUUGGCGGGUGUUCUGGCUGAUCUGGCGUUUGUUGUGUAUCGCACCGCUCGACCUGUUCUAGCAGUUGACGUUACUUCUACAUCUACCGAAGUUCAGUACAUCAUAAUACGACCACGUCAUAGCCUUCUCUACUUCCCUGCCGUAGAAUGGGUGAGGAACGUAAUUUCUAAGGCCAUCAAAAGACAUGGAAACAUUCCCGUUGUAUUGGAUUGUCGGAUAGUUCAUGAAUUCGAUUACACCGCAGCCACUGGACUAGGCGCUCUUCGCAAGGAACUCGAUAUCAAAAAGGUUCCGCUGGUUGUUCUGGGUGCAUCGAUUGAGGUUCAUAAGAUGUUAAAAGAAACUCUGAAAAGUACUCUUCUGGAAGCAAGCAACGAAGAAGAGCUUGAAGCUGUCCUCCAAGAGCUGUGCAAUGAAGGAAAGCGUGCCGAACUGCGCGAAGUUAUAUCACCUCUGUUAUCCCCAUCAUCAAAACACCAAAAAGUACCGAUUUCAGUGGAUGAAGAAUGAUUAGGAUCUUUUCGCUUUAUUAAGCACGUACAUAGAAUAAGUAAAUUUUGAUUGAAUCCACUUCUGUAUAGAACUGAAAAGUGUUCUCUCUACAAUGUAUCUCCCGGGAUUAUUUAAUGUUCCUUUGUUAUAUUCGAAUGUUAGUAAUGUAUAUAUUUACCGUUAGUAUAACAAAAAAUGUACACUAAAAAAACAUUUUACUUUGA